AUGGCGACAAUGCUUAUUUUCGCUCUGACGCAUUCACCGCGAAAGGUAGAAGAAGAGAGGCCGUUGUCAUGGAGUUGUAAACACAAAAAUGUCUACGUAUCAAAAAUGAAAUUAGCUGGCUAUCUAGCUUUAUAUCUAGUAAAGAUGAUUCAUUAGUAUUCGAUUAGUUUACUUAGUUUAUCUACAGCUCUUGCGUAGCAAGUAGUUAUAGGAAAACGUUUCAACGCAAAUAUUGCAACUUUGUCAUGGCAUAUCCACAAACUCCUAAAAGGACGGGGCUACCACGAGAAGUACUGAAGUGGAUACAAAGCCUUGACUUGUCGUUUUCACCAAAGAAUGUGCGCAGAGAUUUUUCUAAUGGCUAUCUGGUGGCAGAAAUAUUUUCCUGGUAUUAUCCUGAGCACCUUACUAUGCACUCGUAUGACAAUGGCACCUCUAUUGCUACUAAACUGGGUAACUGGGCUCAAAUAGAGAGGUUUCUACAGAAGGAGAACAUACAGUUGCUGAAGGAAGCUAUUGAUGGCAGCAUCCACUGUAAACCAGGAGCUGCUGAGCUUCUGGUGCAAGAGAUUUACACAGUAUUGACCAACAGGAGGAUCAGAAGCUUCCAGACGGACAAGCUUGACUUCUCUGACCGAGGGUACCAGGAGCUGCUGCCCAUGGUGGCUCGCUCCACAGCCUCCAAGGCCAUCAAGACCAACCUGCGACUGAGUGAGCUCAUCGCUGAGCCCAGCAUCACCACCAACCAGAGGAAGGUGCAGGCCAUCAUCCACAUGCACCUGGAGCAGAGGGCAGCAGAGAGGGAACAGAAUCCCAAGCGUUUCAACAGGAAGCCCACCUUAGAAGCACUGGUGGCUCGACUGCCGCCAUCACGUCGCCACGGAAACACGGACCUGGAGACCAGCGCAUCAGUCAGCAGUGGGACCAAGUCUUGUCCCUCGUCUGUCAGAAGCAAGCCCCACGUCUAUUUCAAGGAGAUUGAAGUGCACCAACCAAACAGGCGCUCCUUGUCCAAUUAAAAAAAAACACUGAGAUUUUACUCCAUAAAUAUCUGGAUAUGUUACUAUAGGUUCACAUUGAAGUCCUCUAAAGAUUAUAUAGAUAUGGUGAAAUAAUAGACAGUAGUAAUUCAACAAAGCCUUCAUGUAUUAUCAACCUAAGUAGUUUACUUUUGUGUGCAGGUUUUUAGACUGGAUUUUCAGGCUUUCCGAACAUUGUAGAUGAAUUUAACUGAGGAUACAAGAUCAAAUAUAAGAUAAUAUAGAAUAAGAUAAUAUAGAAUACAAUAUAUUUUAUAUAAAUCAGGUUAAGCUAUAGCAGUAUGGUGUGUGUCACCAGUCACAUACCACAGUUGGAAACAAAAGGAUUCUCUCCUCACGACGUUGUACACCGUUCUACCAGUAGGUAGCAGUGCUCUGUCUGGUUUAAAUCAAGGGUGUAGCAAUCAAAAUCGAAGGAAGCAUCAGCAAUAGAUUUGAUAAAAUGUACAUAACUGAAUGGCUCUGUUUUUCACAUAAAAGAUGUGGAGGGAUGUUGGUGUCUCUGCAUGUAGAAACAGUGCAGAUAUAUAUUCUCACAUUCUUUUUCUAGUUCAACCGACACUAAUUUCACUUGCAUGUCAAUGUUGUGUCUGAUACUGUUGAUUACAGCUGGAAGAUUGACAUCUGUGCUUUGUUUGAAAAGUUGUCAAUGGACUUUAUUUCAAUUUUUCCAACAGGAACAAUAAAUACUUUGUGGACAUUACCUUUAUUUAGAUUGUCAAGGUCUCCGGUGUACCUGCUAUAGCAUGCAGGCUAUACACAUGUGAACACAGACAUUCUUGACUGUUGACAUCGUAGUCCACUGGCAGCAUGUCUCAGACAGUGCCCAGGGAUAAGGAUAAACCAGGCUUAGAUUAUCAGGCGAAAAGCCUCUUGUCACAAAUGUUUACCUGAUCUUUUAACUGCCACAGCUGUCGUGACAAAACCAUUUUAGAUAUGCCCAUUUCCCAGACAGCCGUUUCCAAGCCAAAUGAUUCAUCGUGGCGGUAGCUUGCAUCAUGUUUUAGAGGCAUGGGCCAUGGGCUGAUAUCAACUUUAAUUAGUGGUAAUGACAUCUGUUAUGUCAAUGUUGUGACUGUUUAUGUAGGCCUAGCCGGGUCAUUAGUACUUGCCACAGAGUGCAAUUAACUGUCACAUAAACACAUUCCGUGCAUAGCUUUCAUAUUUAAUUCUGUAGGUUAUACUUUUUUGUUUUUUAUCACAUAUCCAAUAAUAUGACAGUCUAUUUACACCCAU